GUCGCGCAUCAGCGCUGAGCUCAGGUCGCGCGCACACUACUGCCGCUCGUUCUUUGUCCUCCAUUGCAGUUGAUGUUCACAGCUCCGCCACACCGCGCAGGCCCGAAGUAGCGCAGCCGCUCUGAGUGUGUUUGACUGAAACUGCAUCGGGGAUGGAUCAGACCGAACACAUGACCACCAUCGAGGCCCACGCUGUAUCUCAUCAGGUCGGCCAGGUGCACGUUGCCACGUACACGGAGCACGGCAUGCUGAGCGCGGAUGAGGAUUCGCCUUCCUCUCCUGAUGAUGAUGGGUAUGAUGACUCUGACAUCCUCAACUCAACUGGGACAGACGAGGUCACUGCACAUCUGGCUGCUGCGGGGCCUGUUGGCAUGGCAGCAGCUGCCGCUGUGGCAACAGGGAAAAAACGUAAACGGCCGCACAUCUUUGAGUCAAACCCCUCAAUCCGCAAAAGACAACAGACUCGACUGCUUAGGAAGCUGAGAGCAACAUUAGACGAGUACACAACACGGGUUGGUCAGCAAGCUAUCGUGUUAUGCAUCUCUCCUUCUAAACCAAACCCUGUGUUUAGAGUGUUCGGAGCAGCCCCACUCGAGAAUGUGGUGAGGAAAUACAAGAGCAUGAUACUGGAGGAUUUGGAGAAUGCUCUUGCUGAACAUGCGCCCCCUGGGGGCGGGGAGCUCAGCUCUGAACUUCCUCCUCUUACUAUUGACGGCAUUCCAGUGUCUGUGGACAAGAUGACACAGGCUCAACUCCGAGCGUUCAUUCCAGAAAUGCUGAAGUAUUCCACAGGCCGCGGGAAGCCUGGAUGGGGGAAAGAGAGUUGCAAGCCAAUUUGGUGGCCAGAAGACAUUCCCUGGGCCAACGUACGCAGCGAUGUCCGAACUGAGGAGCAAAAACAGAGGGUGUCAUGGACACAAGCCCUGAGGACUAUAGUUAAGAACUGCUACAAACAGCAUGGGAGAGAAGACCUGUUGUACGCCUUCGAGGACCAGAUCACCACACAAGUUGCCACAACAACCACACACAGCAUUGCACACCUGGUUCCGUCACAGACCGUAGUGCAGACGAUCAGUAAUCCUGAUGGUACGGUUUCGCUUAUACAGGUCGGCACUGGAGCCACUGUAGCAACGUUAGCAGACGCAUCAGACCUUCCUGGUACGGUGACAGUCGCCCAGGUGAACUACUCCACGGUCACAGAUGGAGAGGUGGAGCAAAACUGGGCCACACUACAAGGUAGUGAAAUGACCAUCCAGACCACACAGGCAUCGGAGGCCACGCAAGCGGUGGCCUCCUUAGCUGAAGCAGCAGUCGCCGCGUCGCAUGAGAUGCAUACAGGGGCGACGGUUACUAUGGCCCUCAACAGGUACUCAUGCGAAGCGGCGGCUCACGCAGUGGCAACAUUAGCAGAGGCGACUCUUCAGGGCGGAGGACAGAUUGUGUUAGCUGGAGAGACCGCCGCGGCAGUAGGAGCUUUAACUGGAGUUCAGGAUGGCAGCGGUCUCGUCCAGAUUCCCGUCAGCAUGUAUCAGACCGUCGUCACCAGUCUGGCCCAGGGAAAUAGACCCGUUCAGGUGGCCAUGGCUCCCAUAACCACACGCAUAGACAACACGGUAACGCUCGACGGACAGGCAGUCGAGGUGGUGACCCUGGAACAGUGACAUACUCUAUCCCUGCUGCUGGGUGGGACAGGAAGUUCCGCACCUAUGUAAAGAAAGUAGCUGCUGGAAUAUUGUAAAAAAUAAUAUUUUAACCUGUUACCAAACAUCUGCAGGGGUUGUAGGGGCUUUUUCUUUUUUACCUUGUAAACAAUACAUAGUCUUAUUUUUCUGCCUAGUGUUGUUAACGUACAUUUUUUUUUAGCCAAGGUUUGAUAAACGUUUUGCAGAGGAUGUUUUUCGGAUAUCAUGGACUAAUUCUUUCCCAACAAUUAAUGGCAUGCAAAAUGUUCACCCAUCCAACUUUUACUGGUAUACUUUUGUGGUUAUUUCCCAUAUAAAGCAUUAGUUUUGACAAAUUUUUUCUGCUUUUAUCUUAAUUUGUGUGUAUAUAUCUUGAACCAUCUUGUGCCAUAUUUGUAUAAUUUCGUUAAUAUAUUGUGUAAGGUGCAUAACAGUUUUAGUAUUGAAUCCCAUUUAUUCUUGACUACUGAUGUGAACAUGCAUGUAAUUUUUUGUCAGUCUGUGUAAUGAAGAAUUCUCUGUAUGCAUUUCACAUGAACUCCCAAUGUAAAAAAAAUCUUUACCGAUGAUGUGGUACUUAAUUGUAUACGGAGCGCUGUCUGUUGUUCAUUGAAUUUACUGUUAUUAGAGAACUAUAAAUGUUGGCUUAUCGAUGAGAAAGCAGAUGAUGUAGCACUCCAUCUCAUUUAACCUUUUUAUACUUCAAUAAAUUAACAGAACUUUCCACA